AUGACAAUCACAACAUCAACUAGCGUCCCUUCGACAGCUUCAUACCUGAUCUUUUUCAGUAGUGGCAGCCCACCUUGGUGUCCAGACUGUGUAGAUGCCCAACCAGCCAUCGACAAGGUUUUUGGCGGCCAAGGUGUGGAUGGACAUAUGGUACUCGUUGGCGAGAAAGCCGAGUGGAUGACACGAGACAACAAGUUCAGAAAGGAGUACGGAAUCAAGUGCAUCCCUACCAUUACUAAGGUGGUUGAUGGCAAAGAAGUUGCAAGGUUAGAAGAUGCCGAAUGCAAACAUGUCAACACAGUCUCUGCUUUUGUCAAGGCUUAA